GUGGCCUUAAACGCACCAACAACAGCAACUGCGUCAGUUACAGUAAGUUGAAUCGACCGCGCGGCCCUCACAAACAACUCCAUUGUUUAAUUUGCUUGUCAUUUUAGCCGAAGGCUGACUUUUAAGAAACAUUUCGAACGUCCGUCGAACAGUAGCGAGUCCAUGGCGGCGUCUUCCUCCAUCACCAGCGUCGGCGGCAUGCUGAUCGUCACGCAGGUCAUCCCUCAAGACGGUAACGCCGUCCCGCUCCAGAGCCACGUGGGGACGGAUCCCUCAGACGCUCCGGCGCCGCCCGCCCCGGCCCAGAAGGCCGAGGGGAGCUCCGCUCGCCGGCGGGGGGAGCUUUCGGGACUCGGGGCGGUCCAGAUGGUCAUCGCCGUGCUGUGCGUCCUCUUCGGCUCCACGGGCAUCUCGCACUUCCUGAUGCCGCACUUGGCUUUCUUCGGUGGCGCCUACUUGUUGGCAUCUGGCGGGCUGGCGGCGGCGGCCGAGAAGCGGACGUCCGUUACGCUGCGGCGGGCGUGCGUGUGGGCCAACACGGUGGCCGUUCUGCUUAGCCUGGGGGGCGUGGCCUACCUCAGCUGGCUGCUGGCCGUCAGUCGUCCGGCCCAGAAUGUCUGCGGAGAUCCCUUGGACGGCGAAGAAGAACUCUGGAGGGACUGCGCCCACGGUCUGUGGAUGUUGGACGGGCUGGUGAAUGGCCUGCGCGGCCUUUUCCUGGUUCUCCUGGUGCUUCAGGCCGCCGUCUCCGCGGCGGUCCGCGUUUUGGCCGCCAAAACAGACCCGUGACGGUCCACGGGACGGACGCCACGGGAAGCCCGCCGGAGUCGCCGCGCAUGACCGCCGUCGAGGAGUCGUCUAAUCCUGACGGCGGAAUACAAUUUAAUUUACAGCAGCGUAUUAACCGUCCGGCAAGACUCUCAUAAUCAGCCAUUUUUAUACUCUUUAUUAUCCAGAGCUCUGUUGCAUGAAGUUACGUUAGCCGUAGGGAGGUGAAAUUGUUUGAUUCAGUUCCAAUCAAUAAAGUGUCUCAAGACGUA